GUUUGUUUCGCUCGGGCGAGGAGUACGUCUCGUUUCACCGCGAGUUAAACUACUUUUACGCCGUCUCUGUAGAGCGUAACCAACCGGUUUUGAUUUGAAAGUGAGGAGUGGCGUGGCUAGAGCCUUUGUACUAUACACCCUAUUUCAGUGAAUAAAAACUCCUUACCUAGUGUAAAACUCUUUAAAAAGUGACUCAUUAUUGGAUCGCGCCUAUCUUUCGAAGAUCGAGACGGAAGAUACAUCUCCCCGUUGGAGUGACAGAGAAAGCCACAGUGUCCGGUUCAUAAACCAGUUUGGAAAGGAUAAAGUUUUUUUUAAAAGAGAGUGGCCGUUUUUUUCGAUCUCUACGAAUAGUUAUGCGUGGUGUGUAGUGUGCAGUUUAAAUAGUGUUCGAAGUUUAAAAGUGGAUUCAAGAUGGCCGCCGUUCCCGCCUUUUUUGGAUUGUUUUUGCUAGCUGUUGUAACAGGUCAAGUGGUGGACAUAACGCCGCAACAGGCGGUGCGGAGAGUGGGCGAAGACCUCAUCGUCACCUGCAAAGUUAACUACCAGGCCGAGGCUUGUCGGAUGAUAGUGGGGCAGACCUCGUACCUGCUACGGCCAGGUAACCAGGAUGGAGAUGUCAUCUACCACGGGCCGGGACUGGAUAAAGGCGUGUGCGGCAUGCACAUACGUCGGGUGAAGGAAGAAUGGAACGGGAAUAUCUCCUGUAUGAUACCACCUCCGCGCGGCAGCAUCGAGCUGCAGGCCACGAUGAGGCUCAUCGUAGCGCACGCCCCCGAGCUCCCGGUCCUCAUUGGUCCCCAGCAAACUACCUUCCACGAGGGCGACCGUUUCGAGGCGCAGUGCGUCGUCGCCAGGGGCCGACCAGCCGCGACUAUCAAGUGGUUCCUUGACGACGAAGCUCUCCUCGGCUCUGAACUCCACGAGCCAAGCACGGAAGGCGAGUCCACUAGCGACCUGGUGACCGUGCGGCAAAACGUUACCCGCGUGCUGAGGGCCGACGACUCUGGACGGAGACUGACCUGCCGCAGCGAGCAUGAAGCGCUGGAGCAGUACAGGGAGGCUUCCAGGCAGCUGCAAGUGCACUACCCCCCGAAACGCGUGGACGCUGACGGCAAUCAGUUGACAAUCUUCGGCCUGAAGAUCGGCGACCAGGGCCGACUCAACGUGACCGUGCGCUCCAACCCACCGCCGAGCGUGGAGUGGACCGUGGGGGACCAGGUGCUGGUCGCGCCGAAUCAGAACGGUGAUGGCACCAUCACCGCCAUGCCGCCUGUGCCCUUGGGCAACGGCUUCUACAACCUGACACUGAUCUUAGCUCGAGUGGCGAAAGAGGAUGUCGAGAGGACGUACUUCCUCCGAGCGGUGAACGAUCUGGGACGAGAGGAGGUCGCAGUUCGUAUAAGCACCAUGGAUGAGCCUGCGGCCGGGCCUCAGCGAUCUGGCGUGGAGUUGGACACGGGAGCGAUCGUGGGCAUCGUGGUUGGCGUGCUGGCGUUGCUGGUGGCCGUCUUCCUCGUCGUGUUCGCCAAGGCCACCGACCGGUGGUGCUUCGCAGCUGGGCGCGGUCGAGAUCACGCCAAGGCUUCCGGAGAAUCGACGCCCGCGGGGGAUGUGCUUUUGACCAGCCUCGCCGCUAGACCUAGCGACACGGAGAGCGCGGCGGGCGGCGGCGCGCGCGAGCGACAGGGCCGGUUGGCCGCGCUGGGCGCCCGGGUGCGGGGGGUCCUGCCCAAGGCCAGGGACAAGGUGCAGGCCACGGAGGCGCAGGGCGCGGAGGGGGACGAAAAGCCGCUGUCAGAAGAAAAGAAAGGCGUAGUUUACGCUGAACUGGCGCUAGGCGAACAGCCAGCGGCGAAACCCCCGCCGCCGUCCACUGAGUACGCCGAGAUCGUGUACACCGAACAACCUCCUAAGGAAAACAAGGAAUAGGCUAUGUGUAGAUUUAACACUCUGAGGGCAAUGACGGGCAAUUUUUUUACUUACACAAAGGGUAAUGUUAGCCACUGAAUAUAAAGCAAAGAGUAAAAUAAGUCAGCCUUCUGAAACGAAUACGUAUCCAUUUGGCUAAUUUAAUCAAGUUACGCAGUAAAGCGUAGUGCAACCGAUGGUGACAAAAAAUGGAAUAAAAUGAAUGAGUGGUUCACUUUAAAAAAACUAACAGAGAUAUUUCGUUUGACCUCGCUGCACUAAUUGUACCACCAUAUUUCAACGCAGAUCAAAAGUUGAUAAAAAUGUUUGACACUUUUGUGUCGUUCCCAAUAAGUUUUAUUAUAUCUCUUCAGAUUAUCAUACACCUUUCUAAUUAGAAUUAUGACAAAUAUGGCAAGAUGCCAUAACGAUUUAUUAAAUAUUAAGUGCACUUGAUACUUGUGAUUGCUUUACAAUAUUUUUUGAAUGUUUAUAACAGGAUUUUUGACGUAAAAUUAUUAUAGGUUUAACGAACGCGGAAUUUUAUCAUAAUUGUCCAAUAGCGUCCACUAAUAAAAUAGUUCGGUAAAAAUGUCGCCUAUUUGCUUGUCCGUCCUUAAAAGAAACUGAAUGGGCCGUGUACAAAACAUAAAAUAACAAAACAUCACACAAAAUGUCAAAAUAUCUUAAAAUGUUUGUCCACCGACAAAGAUAUUUAUUAUGAUUAUUUUUAAAAUAUUCGUGUAGUAUGAGGUAGCAUCUUACUUGAGAGCUUUUGAUGUAUUCUAUAGUCACAAGAGGAACGAAGGGAUAUGUUGAAAGAGAACUUGGCCGCGCACUGCUCGUUGGAAAUUUGAACAAAUUAGCACGUAACACGAGUUGUUACGGAAUUUAUAUUACAAUAAAUAAAUUUAACAAAUCAAUUGUAAAAAGUACUAACUACAAAAAUCAACAAUUAUGGACAAAUUUUUGAUAAAACAUUUAAAAUUGCAUAAUUCAUAGCACCUUUUAACAUAUUCCCUUUUUUCAAACUCUUAAUUAAAAACAUGGAGAAAAUCUCAAUUUAUGAAUUAGUAUAGAAUAUGUCGUGUGUGCUUUCAACUGAUAUUAUAGCUAAAAAAUUAAGUAAGUGUAAAAAAUAUUAUUUUAAUCUUAAGCUAAGACUUGGCAUAUAACCGCCUUGCGUACGUAUUAUUGUACAAAAUGUACCUUUGUACCAUUAGGAAAGGCAUUUCUUUGUUCUAGAAAUAGCUGAUGCUUUUUGUAUCUUCAAUUUAGUUAAAACUCAAUCAAAUGUAUUUUUCUUUUUAGAAAAAUGUCACAUGUAUUAAUUUGCAUUUCUCCUUCUAUACUUUCUAAUUUAUAAUUCAUAAAGCAGGGCAAAGUAUAAGGAGGCUUUAUUGUUUUUUGAUAAAAAAUACUCUUAACAAAGUGAAGCGUACAUUUUCCAUAAAUACACUCUUUACUACCAAUCAAUAUAAUCCUUACAACUUGGCCUACCCACAUCCUAUUAUACACUUUUGAAUUUUUCUUUCGAAGUAGUGUUUUAUCAGUUGGAUGCUGAUAAACAAUAGCGUGUCAACCAACAUGGGCAUUGGUUUGAAAAUGACGCCUAAACAUUUUUUUGUGGUUAUGGCUAAUAGAUUUAUGUCAGCUGUUUUUAUCAUUUAUUAUUAUUCGGAGGUUUCAAAUAACUUAGUUUACAUUUAUAAAAUAUAGACGAGACGACAAGCUAUAAUUUGGAAUGAAUAUCUCAAUUUUCGAAUUUUUAUGGGUUGAC